UGUUAUCUGGAAGAUACCCGUUUGCAAAUCUACUGAGCGAACUGUUCAUUUCUCCUCAGUUAACUACAUUGCUCGUGCAGUCGACCGCAUUGCAAAAAUGGUUCCAUCCGUUGCAUUACUGACUGUGUUGAUUUGUGGUGCUUGCGCCGUUGAAUCAGUUGAUCCACUUCGGGUCUGGUUUGAUCCACAGGACUACACCAGUACUUUCGGGGAGUCAGCUGAUUUGUUUCUGUGGAUUGACGGCGUUGUAAACCGGAAUGCUACGGUGAAAUUCAACACCGUUGACGGGGGGAGUCAUGUAAGUGUAACUCCUGACCAGCUGUGGAUCAAUGGAGGAGUGAAAUACACCGAGACUCCGAUUGUCGUAUCAGCGAAAGGUCUCCGUCAAGGGAGAUUCAUAGUAGAGGCUGGUGUAGAGCCCGAGGGGAUCGCUGACGAUCGCAGGCUAUUUGUUCGGUUGAAGGUGGCUUUGAAUCAACCGCUGAUCUACAUUUCAUUGGUGAUCGGAUGGGCUUAUACGGCAUGUUGGUCAAUCGGAUAUUAUCCGCAAAUUAUUCUCAACUAUCAACGUAAAAGUGUUGUUGGACUGAGUUUUGAUUUCCUUCAUAUCAAUAUCAUCGGACAUGUCUGCUACGCCUUUUUCAACUCUUUUAUGUACUGGAACAGUUUCAUUGAGAAAGAAUACUUUGAUCGACAUCCACAUGGUUUGAAUCCCGUGAUUGGUAACGAUGUAGGAUUCGCAGUACACGCAUCGGUUGCUACCGGGUACACCAUUCUGCAGUGUUACAUCUACCAGAGCAAUGGAAAUACGGUUUCUCCCACGGCUAAGGUCAUCAUUGGGACGUACCUGGUAAUCAUUGCUAUAUCGGCCAGUCAGGCCGUGUUUGGAGCGAUCCAUUGGCUUGAUUUUCUCUACAUUUUGAGCUAUAUUAAGCUAUCGACGACACUAGUGAAGUAUUUCCCGCAAGCGUAUAUGAACUUUAAGCGGAAGAGCACCGAAGGCUUCUCAAUUUUGAACCGAUUGCUGGACAUUGCCGGUGGCCUGCUUGGCAUUCUGCAAAUGGUGAUCAAUGCGUGGAAUUUCGAUGAUUGGCAGUCCAUCUGGGGUGAUCCUGUCAAGUUUGGUUUGGGCGUAUUUUCGAUACUGUUUGAUUUGGUUUUCAUAGUACAGCACUAUAUUUUAUACAGGAAACCAAUCCACAAGGAGCCAGUAUACCAAAGUGGAAAACAGACGAACGAACAGACAACCAAACUUUGAGUUUGAGUUCUUUUUUUUAAUUUUAGACGAAAAAUAUGUAAUGUCUCGAAAAAUUUAUAGGACGAUUUUAAUAAAAUGUGAUUUUAAUUACUUUUAAACACAUCAAACAUUUUUAUAGGAAACCAAUCCACAAGGAGCCAGUAUACCAAAGUGGAAAACAGACGAACGAACAGACAACCAAACUUUGAGUUUGAGUUCUUUUUUUUAAUUUUAGACGAAAAAUAUGUAAUGUCUCGAAAAAUUUAUAGGACGAUUUUAAUAAAAUGUGAUUUUAAUUACUUUUAAACACAUCAAACAUUUUUAUAGGAAACCAAUCCACAAGGAGCCAGUAUACCAAAGUGGAAAACAGACGAACGAACAGACAACCAAACUUUGAGUUUGAGUUCUUUUUUUUAAUUUUAGACGAAAAAUAUGUAAUGUCUCGAAAAAUUUAUAGGACGAUUUUAAUAAAAUGUGAUUUUAAUUACUUUUAAA